CUUACAUGAGCCUUUAUAUGGACAAGGCAGCACCAAGGAUAUCACAGCUGAGUGGAAUGGGAUGGGUGACUGAGACCAUAAACACUCCAGGCGAAUGCCACAGAAUGUUUCGGAUGAAUGAGCGCAUCUUUCUGGAUCUUCAUGAUAAGUUGACUAUUCGUUAUGGUUUGAAACCAUCUAAGUUCAUAAAUACUUAUGAAUCACUUGCAAUAUUUUUAUUUAUCUGUGGUGGCUGUGAGUCAAAUAGAAAAGGGCAAAACAGGUUCAAGCAUUCUGGUGAAACCAUUAGUAGGAAAUUUCAUGAAGUUCUUGAUUGUGUGAUUGCAAUGGCUAAGGAUUAUAUAAGACCACUUGAUCCCAAUUUUCGGUCAGUUCACAAAAGAAUUAGAAAUGACAAAAGAGCAUGGCCACAUUUGAAGGAUUGCAUAGGAGCACUAGAUGGAACUCAUAUUCUAGUGUCUCUGUCACCUGACGAACAAGUUAGAUACAUUGGAAAGACAAAAGUUCCUACGCAAAAUGUGCUUGCCAUUUGUGAUUUUGAUAUGCGUUUCACAUAUGUGUCUGCGGGGCAACCAGGGGCUUAUCAUGACACAAGUGUACUGUACCAUGCAAUGGAAGUGGACAAGCAAGCCUUCCCGCAUCCUCCAGAAGGCAAAUACUAUGUUGUGGAUGCGGGGUAUCCGAAUCGUCCAGGAUACUUAUCUCCAUACAAGGGUGAAAGAUACCAUUUACCAGAGUGGCAUCGAGGUAUGGAACCAAAUACUCCAACAGAAAAGUUCAAUCGGAUUCAUUCAUCUGUUCGUAAUGUGAUUGAACGUUCGUUUGGACUAUUGAAGAUGAAAUGGCCAAUUCUUUAUAAGAUGCCCCAUUUUUCCAUGCUAACACAAAAGAAGGUUGUAGCUGCUUGCAUGGUUUGCCACAAUUUCAUACGUGAGCAUGCUAGUGGGGAUGUGGACUUUGCUAGAUUUGAUCGAGAUCCGAACUUUGUGCCAACUAUCCCGGAAAGAUACAACAAGUAUGCCGUGUCUCGCCAUGCCUCUGAUACGUCUACUAAUGAAGCAAGCUUUGUGACCAUGGACACAUUUCGUGAUAGUUUGGCUACAUCCAUCGCAUUAGCUUGGAAUUAAUGUAAUCAUGUUUGAAUUAAUGUACUCAUGUUCCUAAUGAAGCAAGCUUUGUAUCUUCGGAUUAUUUGGUUGGACUUGUAUGUUGGAUUAUUUGAUUUCAUGAAUUAUUCGAAUUAUCUAAGAAUUAUUAUUUCGGAUUAUCUUGUACGUUAUUGAAUUUUAUUUUAUAUGCAUCAAAUAUU